AACCGAGCUUCCAUGUCUCAAUCACAAUCCCUUUUUUUUUUUUUUUAAAUUUAAUUUUUUACUAAAAUCAUAUAUUUUUAACAUAAAAGAGAAAAAAGAAAGAAAAUCCCUAUUGUCCAAUUGUUUCACCUCCAAGCAAAGGGAAGGAAAGACUUUAGACUUUUCAUUAAAGCGUUAUAAAGAUAAGCAAAAGAACAUUUCAGACUCCAAGAUCAAAGCGGUAUUUACGGUUAAAGCUACAACUGUUAUCCGUACUAACUGAAACGUCUUCUGCAUUGCUGUGUGUUAUAAGGACCUUUCAUUUUGGAUAAAAAUGGGUGAUCAUCUGGUUUUAUGUGUGGACCGUCUUAUAACACCUGAAAGUUUGCAAUCAAUGCAAGAAACUGAGGCUGCAGGAUCUUCCGGUGAAAGUUCUUCUCAAUCCUCUGACCCAAAUGCUUGUGCUAUUGGUGUUAAGGAAGUGGAAGAACAUGGUUGCUGUGAUGAAGAAGAACCACUUAUACAGACAGCUGAAUGCCGUAUCUGCCAGGAGGAGGACUGCAUUAAGAAUUUGGAGACUCCUUGUGCUUGUAAUGGUAGCCUGAAGUUUGCUCACAGGAAAUGUGUUCAGCAUUGGUGUAAUGAGAAAGGUGAUAUAACUUGUGAGAUCUGUCAUCAGCCUUACCAACCAGGAUAUACUGCACCACCACCACCACCUCAGUCAGAGGAUGCUACAAUUGAUAUCAGUGAGGGUUGGACAAUCUCUGGUGCACCUUUGGAUUUGCGUGAUCCUCGGAUUUUAGCCAUGGCAGCUGCAGAGCGCCAUCUUUUGGAGGCAGAUUAUGAUGAAUAUGCUGAGUCCAAUGCUAGUGGAGCUGCAUUUUGCCGGUCUGCGGUCCUAAUUUUAAUGGCUCUUCUACUCUUAAGGCAUGCUCUGUACCUAACUGCUGGAGAUGGGGAUGAUGAUGCAUCUGCAUUUUUCUCUCUUUUCAUGCUUCGCGCUGCUGGCUUUCUUCUCCCAUGUUACAUCAUGGCCUGGGCCAUCAGCAUAUUGCAGCGCCGAAGGCAGAGACAGGAAGCAGCAGCUCUUGCGGCAACUGAAGUUGCAUUUAUGAUACAAGCCGGACAACGUCGUGGUCUGUUCACUAUAGCACCGGGACCUGCAGCAGCUGCUCACCAGGAGCCACUUCAAUAAUGUGACAACCCUUUUCUCCGGUAAGUGGCUAUGGUGGUCUGGUAGGUUAGUAAUCAAAUUAUGGGUAACUGUUUCUCAUUCUACUAGCAUUGUAAGAAAACGAGUUGAUUCGUGUUGCUCGCAUUUAUUAUGUUGUACUUGAAUUGUUUAUUCAGAAGUCCCUAAAGAUAAUUUUUUUCCCCUACUUAUUUCAAGGCAUCAAUUUCAGUGUUAA